AUGUAUGAUAGAAAGCUCCGCACUAAUGUCGAAGUCAAGAGACUCAUAGCACAAGAAUGUAAAUCGAACAGCUCGGCUACAGUGGAGCAGAGGUUUCAGAGUGUCCGCCGCGCNAUCUCUUGUUGGAACAAAGAAAAUCAUCGGAACAGCCAGAAGGCAGUAGAGGAUGCGAGACGAAAGCUUGAUAGUGAGAUGUCAAAAUCUACAGCAGAUGAGACCUUAAUUUACGCUAUAAAUGCAGAACUUUCAUCGGCAGAACGAAGACGGUAA